AAAAUGUCAAAAUAAUUUUUGGGUUAUGUUUCCCAGGGUAAAGUGUGUGAAAACUCUUUUGCAAAGUUUUUCAAUUUUUUUUUCGUAUUUUUAGUAUUUUUUUAGUUAACAAUAUGGAUUACCAAGAAUCAUCUAGUAAACAAAGUAAAAAUGAAUUUAUUGGUCUCGAUGAACAAAAAUUACUGGAAUUGGCCCAAUCGAAACCAAAAGGCUUUUCAGAUAAAGACAUAACGGCUUCAUUACCAAAUUUAAAUCCAUCGCAAACAGCUGAAUUGAUAAAUAAAUUACUUUCACAGGGGAAUAUUGAAUUAUUUACAAGUGGCGUUAAUAAAACACUUCUUUAUAAAUUAAAAGAUCCAACAAAAGAAAGAUUUGCCAAAGGUUCUGAUAAUGAGGAGAAAAUUGUCUAUUCAAUUAUUGAAGAAGCUGGCAAUAAAGGAAUUUGGAUAAGGGACAUUAGAUUUAAAUCGAAUCUCAAUCAAAUUUCAUUGAAUAAAAUAUUAAAAAGUCUUGAGAAUAAAAAAAUUAUAAAAUCAAUAAAAUCAGUUGCGGCUGGAAAGAAAAAAGUUUAUAUGCUUUAUGAUCUUCAACCAGAUAGAUCAAUAACUGGUGGCGCAUGGUAUCAGGAUCAAGAUUUUGAAGUUGAAUUUGUCGAUGUUUUAAAUGAUUUUUGCUAUAAAUAUUUACAAAAACAAAAGGCAAAAAUGGCCGAUUGUAAGAAUGGACCAUUAUUGUCAAGAAAUGUUUCCUAUGUUAGUUCAACUGAUGUUUGGAAACAUAUCACUGAUUUGCAUAUUAGUAAGGUCGAUCUCACAGUUGAGGAUUUAGAAAUGAUUUUAAACACAUUAGUUUAUGAUGGAAAAGCAGAAAAACUUGUGACAAACGACAGAACAAAUAUGUAUCGAGCUGUGGAAUCUUUGCUCGAUUUUCCAGGUUUAAUAGGAAGUCCUUGUGGUGUCUGUCCGGUAAGGAAAAAUUGUUGCGACGAGGGAGAAAUUACACCGUCAAAGUGUCUUUAUUUCACUCAGUGGUUAGAAUUUUAAUUUUUGAAUUUUUUUUUUUUUUUUUUUUUUUUAGGAAAAAUUGUACUUCAUUGAAUUUCAAUAUUUUUAAAUUUAAGUUAUAAUACUUAUUUGUUUUGUUUUCACAGAAAGUGUAAUAUUUUUGUAAGAAUACACUUUUGUACCAUUGAGAUAUUAAAUCGUUUUAUAUGUUACAAUA